GCCAAUCACAGCUCUUAGAGGUUAAAGGGUUAAAACGGAAGAUGCAUCAAACUUAUUUUAUUGAUCUGUUGUGUGAUAUUUAACUCAUUUUGGAGUGUUGUAAUAUUCUGGUGUUGUAAAAUUAGCAUCUAGUAAUGAUUUUUGUGUGUGCUCUGUAUGUUGCCUUCCAUGUAUUAAUAACAAGCAUUUCUUUACAGAGGACUUAAUUUCAUGGCUUCUGCUACCCCAUUGCAUCCUUCUACCAAGGAGGCCUCUAAUUAUGCCCAGCUCUGUCGCCUCCUUGUUAAAGUUGGAUCACUUGUGCUAAGGGAUAUCUUUGACCAGGUGUGUCCAUCAGAAAACCUUUAUGCAGUUCUGACUAAUCCCACAAACCAUGCCAAAUUGAAAACACUUCAAAAGAAGAGAGUCCUGAGUACUUCCCAGUGGGAGAAACUGUAUCCUGCUUCCAAAUCUUCAGUUUCCUCAAAGGACUUCGACACCUCCCUACUGCUAAUUCUUCUGAAGAAUAUCUGGGGUCUUACUCUCCCUGCCUCUGACGGGAAUAACCUUCCUUCAGGAUCAGACACCUCUCCAGAAGCUGGCAUCACUCGCAUCAAGUUUUUCAGGGACAGAGUUUUCAGUCGUGCUGCUAAUGCUUCAGUUGAUGAUCCAACUUUUAGUUUGUACUGGAACAGUAUCAGAGACACCUUUCUGCACAUUGGAGGGACUUGCUAUGAGGAAGUCAUAGAUGACCCUACAUUCUAUUAUAUGGAUGCUGAUCUUGAAGAACACUACCGAGAGCUUCUGAGAGAGUGGUUCAAAGAUGAUGACUGCGUCACAGACAAAUUGCAUGAAGACAAAAUUGUGAAAAAGGCCAGGAAAGGAGGGAACAUGGAGGAUUCCUUUGACAUUUCUGAACAAAAUUCAUGGGAGAGGGAGACAGUAAUAAAGGUAGUGAAAAAUGGAUCAGCACAGACUGGCAAUAGCAGCCCACCAGAGCUCAGUAUCAAACUUCUAAAGUUAAGUGAUCUUCCAACUAUCAUUAAUCCUUGGAAAACUGUUGAACUGCCAGUUGAUAUUCUUUUAUUAACAGUGGAGGACUGUGAGUUCUUAAGCUGCUUUGCCUACCUGAAGGAACCCUUUAAUAGUUACCACAUCCGUACUGGCCCUGUGUACUUUGGGUGCAUGGGUGAUGAUCAAGGAAAGAAGAUGAAAAUUGCAUUGAUGAGGUGCUCCAAAGGUCCUGAUGUUCCUGGGGGUUCCUUGUCUGUUUCAAAAGAUGCCAUCUUGCUACUGAGACCUAAGGCUAUAUUUUCUGUUGGUGCCUGCAGUGGUUUGAACAGCAAAAAGGUCAAGUUAGGAGAUGUAGUUGUUUCAGCAAAGCUGAUAACAGCCACACACAAAACUCCCCCCAGCAGAGAUAUUGGAAACCUGAUCAAACAUGUUGCUGAUGGGUGGAAGGCACCUUUACAAAAUGCAGAUGAAUAUAACGCCAAAGUGCAUGGUGAUGGAGUGGUUCUGAGUAUCUCAGAGGCCAACAGAGAUAACAUUUGCCAAUUUCCUGAAGCAAUUGCAGUUGAAAUGGAAGGUGGAGGAGUGUAUGCGGCAGCCCAUGAUUUUAAGACAGAAUGGGUGGUAGUCAAGGGCAUCAAAGACUUUGCAGAUGAAACGCAGUCUUCAAGUAAGAAAUGGAAACAAAUUGCCUGUGUGAUGGCAGCAUCUGUUGUGGCACACAUUUUAAACAAUCCAGUCAUAUUCCAAGAUUGGCCUCACUUUAAUGCAGGUGCCAAUGAAUUAUCCUCUCAAGGUUUACCUGAGAAACCAACCAUCACAAAUACAGAAACAGAAGUUGACAAGGAUUUCAUUGCUACCUGGUCAGAAGCUGAGGCCAACCGCAGUAAUUGCAGCGUUAAAUACCGUCUGGAAUGGAGGAAACAACCCGUGACAGGAUCUACAGACAUGGCUCAACGAGGAAAUAUUGUGGAAACUCACCUCAAGAUCACUGGUCUUGAGUAUGACACAGAGUAUGAAGUGAAACUGUUUGCUGUCAACGAACAAGGAGACAGUGAGCCAGAUGUCAGAAGAUUUAAGACAAAGAGUGGUUUACCUGAGAAACCAACCAUCACAAAUACAGAAAUAGAAGUUGACAAGGAUUUCAUAGUUAACUGGUCAGAAUCUGAGGCUAACAGCAGUAAUUGCAGCAUUAAAUACCGUGUUGAAUGGAGGAAACAACCCAUGACAGCAUCCACAGAAAUCUUUCAUCAUGGAAAUAUUGUUGAAACUCGCUACACGAUAACUGGUCUUGAGUAUGACACAGAGUACGAAGUGAAACUGUUUGCUGUCAACGAACAAGGAGACAGUGAGCCAGAUGUCAGAACAUUUAAGACAAAGAGUGCCGUAAGUGCCUACACUUCAGCUUUAAAGACUUCCAUCAUAGGCCAAACGGAGUUCCAACCCAAACUGCUUGCCUCUCGCACGAUUACCAACGCGAAAACAGACGAAAUAUUCAUUAAUCUUCUCAUGCAACAUGGAAGAAAAGCCCUGAUCAAGAAUGACGAGACAUGUUAUUCAAGGAGAAAAGUGCUUGAGUACUACGGAAAAGUUAGCGGUACCCCAGUCAAGCACUCUAGUGAAAUAUUUCUAGGCGUGAUUGAUGAUCAGGAGAGUGCUAAUUCUAUUCUUGUCGUUGGAAAAGCAGGGAUUGGGAAAUCCCUGUUUUGCCAAAAGGUGAUUCGCGAUUGGGCGAACAACAAAUUACUUCAAGCACUAGAAAGCAGUGAAUUUCCCAAUUUAAAGUUUGUGUAUUUGCUCACUUUCCGUCAAUUGAAUUUGCUUGAAAAUAACUAUGUGACAUUAAGAGAAAUCUUAAAUUGUUCUUCGGUACUGGAUGACACAUGUAACAUUGAUGACUCAACAUUUGAGUACAUUGUAAAUCAUCCCAGGGAAGUAAUGAUAAUUCUCGACGGCUAUGAUGAGUAUUCUCAGAAAACCAACAUCGCUGGAAACUCGGAAGGACGGCAUCCCAAUAACGCUAGAUGUAAAAUGCCGGUGGCCGCAUUGUGUUCAAAACUCAUCAAUGGAAAAAUCUUGAAAGGGGCUAUCGUCAUGAUUACCUCGCGUCCUGAUGAAUCGGACGAGAUGGGAGGAAUCCGUUUUAAACGAUAUGUGGAAAUUGCAGGAUUUUCGUCGGAACAAGUCAAAGAAUACGUUGAGAAAUACUUCGAGAAAAACGAAAAUAUGAAGAACGCUGUUUUUAAACAUGUCAUGAACAAUGAGAACCUUGUGAGUUUUGCUCAUAUUCCUAUGCUCUGUUAUCUGUUGUGCUUUGAGAUGGAGUAUACCCUAACCGAAUCAGAAAAUCCUGAUGACCUUCCUGUCUCAACAACCGACGUUUACACCAAACUUAUUGAAAUAUUUGAACUUAAGCACUACGCCGAGUCAGAAUACAGACAGAAAGAAAUUCCUGAGCAAUUCAAGGCCCCUCCUGUCAUCAAGAACACUUUAGAUAAAUUAUCAGAACUAGCGGCUAAACUGUUGGUUGAAAGAAAGCCAACUUUUGAUGAAAGGGAGAUGGAAGGCGAUUUUGAAGCGGAAGAAGUCAGCAAACUGAAAGGUAGUGGUCUUCUUUACUGUGGUCAGCCUUUCAGGACUGCACUGAUUACAACCACGAAGCACUUUAGCUUCACACAUCUAACCGUCCAAGAAUUCUUGGCUGCUCGUUGGUUUGUUAAGGAAAAUCGCGUUCCAGACGAAGAAUGCUCUGAAAUGGUUUUCCAAUUUUUUGCUGGCGUGUUAUCAAGUGAGGGAAACGAAGAACUGAUGAAAAAACUAUUAAAUUCGCCCUUUAUGCAUCGUAAUCUUAAAAUGACGUGUCUGACUGAGUAUCAAAACAAAGAAUUUGCCAAAAAAUUCAUCAGGAAUAAUCCGCAAGCGUUUUGUAAUUCAGAUGGCGUCAUGGCUUUUAUGGGUUUAUCAGAUAUGGACUGCAUUGGAGUAUCAUUUGUGUUGGACAUUAUGAGUGAACUAAAUAAAGAGGAAGCUGGAGGGGCACAACACAAAUGUUCUGAUAAGUUCGUCACAGUUCAGAAGUUACAACUUAGAGAAUCACAGCUAACACUGUCUGGAAUACAACGAGUCUGUAAUUCACUAAACAAUGAACACUGUCUUGUGUCUGAACUGGAAUUAUUCGAGAUUUACUCUACUGAUGAAUGUGUUGAUGUUAUUAAUAGAUUAGUAGUAAGGAAGUUAACCAAAUUAAGUCUAGUGAUCACUAAGAUCACCGAUACCGGUGUGGCCAGUCUAUGUGAAGCUUUACAGCAUCCAAGCUGUAAGCUAACCACACUAAAUCUGCAGGGCAGUUCUAUCACUGAUACCAGUGUUGCCAGUCUAUGUGAAGCUUUACAGCAUCCAAGCUGCAAGCUAACCACAUUAAAUCUGGGGUGUAGUUCUAUCACUGAUACCAGUUUUGCCAGUCUAUGUGAAGCUUUACAGCAUCCAAGCUGUAAGCUAACCACACUAAAUCUGACUUCGUCUCUUAGUUCUGAAUAUUGCGAAAUUCUCAAAGCUAUAACUCAGAGACACCGACCAGCUUUAAACCUGUCUUUUGAGGGUAUUCUAAAUCUUAUAUAGUUUCAUCAAUUUUUAGUUUAUUUUUGUAUUUAAACUAAAUAAAUAGUUGCAAGUCAAAUCUUAAUUUUGGGUCAAAGAGACUUACCAGGUAGACGAAGUAUUUUUAAUCACCAGAGUGAAAAAUAACGCUUAAUGUAAAUAGAACCGCAAAUAUUUUGUAAUAAAAGGUUUUUUUUACUAGCGA